CUUGGAAUCAACGAUGUUCCCUCGGCGACUCAAUCAUUCAAAGAGGCAUCGGGGCAGAGGUACGUACCCAAUAUUGACGUACACGUGACAUCCUCUGAGACAGUCAGCAGUUUGUACAACGGCAAACCACCGAAGAACCCCGGGCUUUGUGACAAUUUGUACCGAGAUGCCACAACAUUGGACUCGGACAGCUAUUGGUGCGGACAAAGUGACCCCGCUUCCUGCCACCAUUCACCCUUGGUCGACAAUCUUUGCUUCGGAGACACCCCGCUCACAAACGCGAACCGAGACUCUGGAUCCGGUGGUGUGAGCACCGAAACCCUGGUGGACUUUUUUCUGUGCAACGGUUCGCAAAGCCUGCAGUUGAAAGAACUCGUUGCCAUAGGAUGCACCAACGACCGCGUUGUAUCCGAAAUGAGCACCAAGUCUACUGACCUGGUUUUCAGCGAUCAUCAUGGACAGCACCAGAGCCAAGAGCCAGCAGCAGAGUGGACUCACAAUGCAGAUGCUAUGAUAUGCAGCUCGCCUCCAAUGCCCCAUCAACUAAUCUCACAUCAAGAACACGACGAUGCUCUACAAUGUUCGAAUUCGAACGUCGAGUCCGAACCUUGGGCAAGCCGUCGCAGUCCCCAAAACGCGAGACCAGCAACACUGGCCCCGACCCUCAGGAAAGCUUUUUUCCUCGGGUAUGUGACGAGGAAGCUGGAGGGAAACACGAACGAACGGCCUGGACCUUCAAGUGGAGCAAAUGACCUCGAUUCCUCCGUUAGCGCCACCAUGUCGACUAGCAGUGCCCCAGAAACUCUAGCAGCCCAUCGGGCUUUUUACGCUAACCAAUCAACGAGGAGACCCCCCUUAUCGGAUCAACACAGUCAGGGAUCUGGUUCUUAUAAAGUGUAUUUGAACAAAAUUGAGUCCCCACCGCCAGGAAGCAGUCGAGCACGCCGGUGGGGGCAGACGGAUGUCGAGAGAAAGGCGAAGGCAGCAAUGAGUUCAUAUGAACAGUUCCGUGUCAAGCUAUCUUUCUUGAAUCUGUUUAAACGCCGAAAUGUGGCUAAGCCGAAGUGCAGCAAUAAAAAGUCCCAACUCCCCGCGCGUCUACCGGAAACUUUGAAAGAAGUCGAACCCCGCAAGAAGAAAUCGGGAUUCUUUUUGCUGAGGAAACGAUCUCGGACCAGUGACAACGACGGGACGAGGUCUUUUACCUCUGCACUCCACGAUGACGAUACGGGACCUUCCCAGGGUACGGGCACUUUCACCGGAGUCAUAAGACGUGAAGAUUUACUCAGGCAUUCGGUGAUAGCAAAAGAUGCUGACUCGGACGGCGUCGGGUUCACGCAUUACUACAAAACGGUGACGAAACAGGACGUCAAAGUUAACUCGAAAUCCACCGGAGCGGCACCCCAGUCCAUGAAGUUCCAAAAAAGGAAAUCCACCUCGGAGGAUAGCAACAGUGGGAUACGUUCUCUGCGCAUCAGUAGCGUGCCGACAACGCAAUACAACGAUACCGCCCCAAACCCCACGGCAAGAAGCCUACCGGAACCAGUUUUAUCAGGCGUCAACGGUAACCAAAGCGCAGACGAAACGAGCACGCCCCCUAAGCACGCCCCCAGGUCAGUUGUACUGGAUGAACAUCGUCCCGGUCAAUCGCCGGCAGAGAAGAAUGCAUUUUCGGGCCUGGAUUUCGACUGCGAUCUCAUGACGCCUGAACUACCCAUAUCUCGCGGUCAGCGAGUCAUGGAGCUACAAGGGGAAAUUAAACGAGAUCUGGUUCUAGAGAACAGCGUUGGCGGAGAGAGCAUGCAUCAAAACAAUUCAUCCGAUGACGGCCCUGAAACUAAUGGCAGCGGUCUGCGUGAACAUAUUAAAACGGUCGAAGGAGCUUCAAUGGCUAUUUUAGAACGGGGAUUUCAUCACGUGCGGAAUGACAUGGAAGACACGACUACCGGAUUGGGUUUAAACAUCCGGGGCCACCUAGCGGAAGAAGCAGAGUAUAAUUUGGGUAGAGAAGCUGAACAUUACUGGAGUGCAUCGAAGCUAAAGUUUCAGUGGCAUUCGUUUAGUGACUUAGAUAAAAUACAUGACGACGCAGCCGUAGACGGCAGAAAAAGAGCUGAGAGAAAACUUCAAAGCAAGUCGGCACUCGAAUUGUGUCAAGAACCUCUGAAAAUGCUUCCGAAAUGUAAGUCAGU